CCUCACGUGCGCAUUAGACCGAUACAAAGAAGAAGAUACUGAAACGGCAGCGUUAUUUCUCUGAUAAACAAACAAAAACUUAAACAUACUUGUCAUUUUUUACGGCUCGCAUUUAGUUUAUAUUAAGUACAUUUUGAAUAGGCGUAAUCGUGUGGGUGGAAAAUUACGGGUAUGUCUCACAGUGUUGAUAACUUUCACUAAAGGCGAGGUUAGCUAACGUGGCUAAAAGCAUACGCACUGUGAUAACUCGACAUGUUUUUUAUUCUGGUGCUGAAGCCAAAAAGAGCGACAUGAUGGCGUGAAACUGUAUUUGAAGAAGCUCAGAUCAUCUCGUUGAACGGAACAGUGUGGAUUGCUGGUGGUCCCGGGUAAAAACGCCUGUCUGAAGUGUUUUACUCUCUGUAGUCUCUCACUGGAGCCAUGGCGUGGGCUCUGAAGUUGCCUCUCACGGAUGAGGUGAUCGAGUCCGGACUGGUGCAAGAUUUUGAUGCCAGUCUCUCGGGAAUAGGCCAAGAGCUUGGAGCGGGAGCAUACAGCAUGAGCGAUGUCCUGGCACUUCCCAUUUUCAAGCAGGAAGAGUCUAAUCUCCCUCCAGACUCUGAGAAUAAGAUCCUUCCUUUUCAGUAUGUACUGUGUGCAGCUACCUCCCCAGCAGUUAAGCUGCACGAUGAGACACUCACCUACCUCAACCAGGGCCAGUCCUAUGAAAUUAGAAUGCUUGACAAUCGAAAAAUUGGUGAACUCCCUGAAAUCACUGGUAAAAUGGUGAAGAGCAUUAUUCGUGUGGUGUUUCAUGACCGGCGGCUUCAGUACACAGAGCACCAGCAACUCGAGGGCUGGCGCUGGAACAGACCUGGAGAUCGAAUACUUGAUCUUGAUAUUCCCUUGUCCGUCGGCAUAAUUGACCCAAGAUCCAACCCCACUCAGCUCAACACUGUGGAGUUCCUGUGGGAUCCAUCAAAGAGGACCUCAGUUUUUAUUCAGGUUCAUUGCAUCAGCACAGAAUUUACAAUGCGCAAACAUGGCGGAGAAAAGGGCGUACCGUUUCGGGUUCAAAUAGAUACUUUUAAAGAGAAUGAGAGCAGUGAAUACACAGAGCAUCUUCACUCAGCGUCCUGCCAAAUCAAAGUCUUUAAGCCCAAAGGUGCAGACAGGAAGCAGAAAACGGACAGGGAGAAGAUGGAAAAGAGAGCACCACAAGAAAAGGAGAAGUAUCAACCCUCUUACGAAACCACAAUACUAACAGAGUGCUCUCCUUGGCCUGAGGUGACGUAUGUGAAUAACUCUCCCUCUCCUGGCUUUAACAGCACUCACAACAGUUUUUCAAUUUCUGAAGGAAAUGGAUCACCCAGCCACCAGCCUGAACCUGUUAUCCCGACUGCCGAUGUAAGUCUUUGUCAGGUGACACCGCCAGGCCAUAUUAUAGGUCAAUUCUUUGGAGAGGCGACACAGAAAUCUACUAAUUUGUUACCCACGGCAACACCUCAGGAUGCUCAACAAUGGCUCCUUCGAAAUCGCUUCUCUCCCUUUAGUCGGCUUUUCACUAACUUCUCAGGAGCAGACUUGUUGAAACUAACGAGGGAAGAUGUGAUCCAAAUCUGUGGCCCAGCAGAUGGCAUAAGACUGUUCAAUGCAUUAAAGGGGCGGGUGGUGCGUCCCAGACUGACCAUUUACGUCUGUCAGGAGUCUCAGCAGUCACCAGAUCAAUCAAAACAUGAGAACGGAGAUGCUGCAGCUUUUUUUGUAUAUCACGCCAUUUACCUGGAGGAGCUCACUGCGACCGAACUGACUGAGAAAAUUGCACAGCUCUUCAACAUCUCGCCCAGACAAAUAAACCAGAUCUUCAAACAAGGCCCGACCGGCAUUCAUGUACUGGUCAGUGACGAGAUGAUCCAGAACUUUCAGGAUGAAGUCUGUUUUGUUCUGGACACGAUGAAAGAUGAAACCAGUGAUGGCUACCACAUCAUCCUAAAGUGAUGUACAGGCAGAAAAAGAAUAGAGAAAUCCUGCUCUUUUGUGUAGACCUGGUCCAGUGUGCCCCUCCAGAGCUCCAUGGGGCUAAAGCUGGUCCUGGGACAAAGGGAGAAAGCCCAAAGGUCGUGUUUUGAGGCUGUGGUUGCAUCCAAAACUCUGCUCCUCUCCUCUGCUCCUCUCCUCUGCUCCUAUGACUCUUCUAAAGGAGAGGCUCUCUUACUGCCUUGAAAUGACUUUUGCCCAUUUUGUCCUUAAUGUUUUUUCAGCUGCUGUAUGUUUUUUACCAUGUCGUUUAAAAGCACAAAAACCUUACACCACAAAAAAUAUUAUCUAAAUUAAAAUUACUUGAAUUCAGAGUUGACUGAUUUUGGCAAGUUUGACUUUAUUUACAAACGAGGCCUUGAUGAGAAUAUUUGGCCUGUAAGAUAUUUCUAAGUGAUGUGUAGACAUUUGUUAAGGUUGCUACAGUGUAGUAAUUACUUUUCCUAUUGUAACAAGCACAAGCCCCAGUACAGUGACCAGGGGCGGACAAUGGAUGUGUCUUGCUUAAGGACACAGCAACAGCUCAGUUUUAUCAAUUUUUUUGUGUCAAAUGCAUGUUUUAUAGCCUGAAAUCCACACUGAUUCUUUCUGUAUAGUCUACAUAGAAGAUCUCUCAGUCUUUUUCAGUCCUGUUGUAUUGUUCCCUUAGCUCGUCCCUUGUAAGCAGUCAUGUUUGUUUUGAUACACCAGACCAUGCGUGUCCCUGAUCAGCUCAUCCACCUGCCCUCAAAACUCUAGAGAAGUAUCGGAGAAGCAAAUUGUAGUUUGAGUACUAAGUCGAAAUAUCUACAGAAAUCUAACCAUUUGGAUUCAAUGUAAAUAUCAGUCUGAAUUCAAGACAUUUUAAAGAAUGUUCCACAGUACACCAUUAAAUGCAUCUAUCCAACAUCUAUUUAAUUAGUUUUUAAUGCUCAAAACCACUGUGUAGUCUGCAUGGAGAUGAACACUCUUAAUGACAUACUGUAGAACAUUCUAGGCAAAGCAAUAGCAACUCUGUGGACACAAGUAUUUGGUAAAUGUUCAGAUGUCAAACACUCAAA